AUGAGCGAGGAUCGGCGCUCGCGGAUCGCGCCACCAUGGGCCACCGACUCCCGUACCUUGCUCGCUCUCAUAGCGCUGCAAGGAUUCCUGCUGCGCCUUUUCUCAGCAGUUAAGCAUGAGGUGGUGCUGCACGAAUACGACCCCUAUUUCAACUACCAGUGCGCCAAGUUCAUGCUUAGACACGGCCUACGCAACUUCUGGAAGUCGUUCGACGAUGGCAGCUGGUACCCGUUCGGCCGGGCGGUGGGACAGACUGUCUACCCUGGACUCAUGCUCGCAGCCUACGCCGCCCAUCAAGCGCUGCAGUACAUCGGCGUAGACGUUGACCUCAAGACAGUCUGUGUCUUCCUGCCCGCUGUUCUCAGCGCUGGCACGGUGUAUGCAGUGUACCUCCUGGCAAAGGAAAUAUCGCAUAAUGAGUGCGUUGCCGUCACCAGCGCGUUCUUCGUCGGGCCCAUGCCGGCGCUGGUGUCACGCACAACGGCAGGUACGCAACCAGCGGACCAACACAACUCACGCACCGCAGGCGCCUUCGACAACGAAGCAGUGGCCAUCAUGCUCAUGGUGAUGUCGCUUUACGCAUGGUUGCGGGCGGUGCGCGACGCAUCGAUAGCGAGGUCGGCGGGGGCGGCAGUGACCACGUUCCUCAUGGCGCUAUCGUGGGGUGGAUACGUUUUCGUGGUGAACGCCAUAGCCGCCUUCACGUUGGCAGCAGUGCUGCUGCGGGCUAGCGCCGAGAGCGUAUGCGCCGUGUACAUCGUCUACCACGCUCUGACCGUUGCGCUCUGCUUCUCUGUUCCCAUGAUAUCAAAUGCCGUCCUCGGCACCAUGGAAAUGAGGCUGCCACACAUAGUCUUCUCUCUGGCAAUCACAACACUCAGCGUUUCUUACACCACGAAACGGUGGCUUAGAUGUCGGCCUGCCAACGUCGGGAACGGAGAGCAACCGCCUGCCACCAAUCGGGGGGAGGGGACGCACGGCGCAAAGGAAGCAGUAGACGGGGUGGAGAGUGCUAAUGAGCGCGCGAGAUUCAACUGGGCUAUCGCGCUGGGUCCAGCGGCGGCCGCCGUCUGGCUCAUAUUAGUCGGGAGAUAUCACGAGAGCGAGUCCUCACUCACAGCCAGGCUGCUCGCACUCCUCAAGCCAGGCAACGCCACGUCCGCGAAUCCGCUCGUCGCGUCUAUAUCGGAGCACCAGCCCACCAAAUGGAAGAGCAUGGUGCUCGACUUCUGGGUCACACUCAUCUACAACCCGAUCGGGCUCUUGGCCUGCUUCAAAAACGGGAUAGAGAUAGGGUACCUCGCGCUCGCCAUAUAUGGAGUGGUGUCUUCGUAUUUCGCAUCGGCCAUGGUGAGGUUGGGGCUCAUAUUCGCCCCGGCAGCUGCAAUACUCAGCGGAUUGGGGUUAUCCUACACAAUGGAGGGGUGCGCGCUCAACAGAAAGAAUCGCGCCGCUUCCGUAGCGUUGACGGUCGUUACCGGCGUCAUCAUGAUGAGUUACGUCACACAUUGCACAUGGGUGGCAUCCACGAUAUACUCAAACCCCAAUGUAGUCGCGUCCUGGCGCUCUCAAAACGGAGAGAGACUUGUAGCCGACGAUUUCAGGGAUGCAUACAGCUGGAUUAGACACAACACGCCACGGGACGCGGUGGUCAUGGCAUGGUGGGACUACGGCUACCAGCUGCGACAGAUGGCCAACCGCACCGUCCUCACCGACAACAACACGUCAAACUACCACCAGAUUGCACUCACGGCGAUGAUAUUCGCGUCAGAGGAGGAGCAUGCACAUAGGAUGCUGCGGGACCUUAAUGUGCAUUACGUGAUGGUGGUGUACGGCGGAGUCGCUAAGUACGCCACGGACGACGUUAGCAAGUUCGGCUGGAUGACACGGAUCGCUUCGACGGAGUUCCCACAGGUGCAUCACUCCAGAUUCAAGGGUGAGCAGGGAGAAAAAUACUGGAGGCGCACACUGCUCUACAAGCUAUGUUACCACGGAGUAUUGCAGGUGGCGGCGAACGACAACGUACGAGGCAAACCAUUGCCCAAUGAGCCCAUAGAACUGACUCACUUCACGGAAGUCAUGACGUCUGAAAACUGGGUAGUCAGAGUGUACCGUGUGAACGGCGAGGUCGAGCAGGACAGCGGAUUCUAG